GUUCAGAGAUGGAGCUGGUGAUUGUUUUAACUAUCUUCACCUCCUUUGACUUCUCGUGCAACAAGUUCAACGGAUCAAUACCCGAGGAAAUUGGAGAACUCAAAUCAUUGUAUGCCCUCAACUUGUCCAACAAUGCUUUCACAGGUGCAGUUCCAUCAUCACUGAGUAAUUUGAGUCAGCUAGAGUCCUUGGACCUCUCAAAAAACAAACUGAGCGGUCAAAUCCCACCAGAGCUUACAAAACUCACUUUCCUUGCAUUCUUGAAUCUCUCAUAUAAUCAAUUGGUUGGGAGGAUACCAAGCGGUGCUCAAUUUUCAACAUUUGAUGCAGCUUCUUUCAAAGGUAAUAAAGGAUUAUGGGGGCCUCCUUUAACAGCAGAUAAUAGAACAGGGUUCUCACCAAAGUUGGAAGGAAACCAUUCAAAUCCUGGACAUGAGAUUGAUUGGGAUAUUAUCUUUGCUGAAAUUGGAUUUACAUGUGGGUUUGGGAUUGUCAUCGGGUCACUUUUGUUUUGCAAGAGAUGGAGGAAAUGGUAUUACAGUGCUAUGUAUAACAUGCUUCUGAAGAUAUUCCCUCAGUUGGAACAAAGAUUUGGUCAUCACAGGAGACAUGUUUACGUACAUCAAAGAUACUGGAGACGUUGAAUUGGUUGUGAAGAUCAAUGCACCUGACUCGUUGUUGGCCUCGGUUU